AUGGUACCCGCGCCUCCCCAAACCCUCCGGCGUGCCAAAGCCGCGUUCAAGAAAGGCCAUUCCACUAUCUCCGAGGCUGAAGCGAAGCGUAUCGAGCGCCUCGAGGUACUAGAACGUCGUGCAUGCCGCGUUAAGCUGUCUGAGCAGCGCAGGAAGGAGGCGGAGCGGAAGCGGGCGGAAAAGGAAGAGAGGGAGAGGCGGGCGAGGAGACAGUUGGGCGUGGGGCUCGCGACGCAGUUGGCGGGGUACAGUCACACGCAGGCGAAGAUGAAGGGGGUUAUGGAGGCUUUUGUGUGCAAGGGGAAGAGGAAGAGAGAGCCUGAGGGCGUGGGAGAGUUGGAGGGGGCUGUGGCCAAGAAGGUGAAGGAGGAGAUCAAGGCGGAGCCGUGGGACGACGAAGAGAUGGACGAUUUGCUACUAAGAUCGGAUGGUCCUGAAGCGCUGGAGAGUCUGAACGACUCUGUUGAGGCGGAUACGUCGCCCUCAACUUCCCCGGAUCCUUGGGAAGAGGACGGUAUUGAUGACGCUACCCUUCUGGACGCGUCGGAGGAGGGCACACCGCAUGCCGACAGCAGUAGAUCCUCACCCGCUAUAUCUCAAGCCGCCGAGUACGUGACAAAGGUGCGCGACUUUGCGUACCAAGCCAGUCAUCCAGUUCAUACACAUACUCCAUCAGCCAGGAACGCCCAUUGCACAAUGCAACAGUACUCUGACCCCACCGACCUCGACUACUGGGACGAUGUACUAGACAGCAACACACAGAUCGACCGCGACAUCACGAGAGAUCAGGAGACCCCGCCAAACUCUACGCUGGCGGAUCACGCGAGCCUGAUCAGCACGCAGGACUUAGACCUCUUUAUGGACGACCUGGAAGAUUUAAGCCUACCUGAACCUGUACAUCAACACAGCAGAACGGACCCUCUAUCACACAAUCAUCACCACUCCAAAGGUCACUAUCCCUCGCCGGUUCGCCAUCGUCCAUCGGUAGCUCUCGAAUCAGCGAACAACAUCAACCAAAAAAAGGCUGACACGGACCGGAAGCUGAUGCCGCCUCCACUCUUCAAAAAGCAACAGCAUACAAUGAGCGACCAGAGUAUGGUCAGGGCCCAAGUGGAUGGCUGUCCAGAUCUCUACGUGUCGACUCAGGUACUUCAAGACAUCGUAUUUGACGACUUCGAGUUGUCUCCAGAGAUCACACGCAUCGUAGACGUAGACAAGAUUAACGUUCAUAACAACGUCCGAGUGGGCAAUGACGACGGUUACGGCAUAGAUUAUGAUUCAGACGCAUAUGAACAUGACUGCCCUUGGGAUUGA